AUGUCCAACACCGAACCCAAAGACAAAGACCGCAUAACGUGCCACGUGCUAGACACAACAACAGGCCAGCCGGCACGGGGCCUGCGCGUCAAGCUGGAACUAGUUUCCUCCCCAAUCAUCCCCAGCAACAACACCAACAACCAAAACGGCAGCAGCAACACCGCCAUCACCAGCAGCAGCGCGGCGACGCCGGACAGGGUGUUUGAGUCGCAGACGGACGACGACGGGCGGAUCAAGACGUGGCUGCCCUACUCGAGCGCCACAUCGUCGGGCGAGGUGCCCGUGUACACGCUCGAGGACGUGCUGAGCAGCUGCCUGCUGCCGGGGAGCGGCGAGCCCGCCGACAGCCGGUGGACGCUGCGGUUCGACACGGCGGGAUACUUUGGCGGGCCCGACAAGACCUUUUUCCCCGAGGUCACCGUCACCUUCACGGUCAAGCCCGGCGAGCGGUACCAUGUCCCCCUGCUUCUCGCGCCGUACGGAUACAGUACCUACCGGGGGAGUUAG